AUGAUGCCUGUUACAUUACGCAUUACUGCAACAGUAUUUCUCCUCUGCGGCAUAUGUGCGCUCGAUGUGACUUGGGCGGAGGAGCUAGUAUGGUGGAAAUCGUAUGUCACCAGCGGAGGAAAAAAAGUUGAUGGUGAGGGUGCACGGUCGAUAUGUGUUAUCAAAGCAAUUGUUGACCUCGUUUCCGAAAGGGCGUUUUUCCUUGAGAGUGAGGCGUUGUCGCAGCUGAGUAAAGCGAAGACCGUACUCUCGAAUGUAACAAUUAGCGAUAACAUAAGAACAUCUCUCACGAAGAAAAAACAGGAGGAGAUACUUAUGACCAGAGAGCUUGUUGAGGCCGUUAGAAAGCACAUCGAGGCGGCUUAUAAGCGAACUAAAGAGGCAGCUUUGGAUGCUAGCAGACUUCUUUCGGAUAUACUUAAAUGGCACUGCAUCGAUGUUGAAAAGAUGAGAGGGUCUCCUUAUAAUUAUAGCACUGGCGCUAACUGUGAUCCUGACGCGUUUUCAAGGGAGCGGUUCCACUAUUAUCACGUGAAUGAUCGCAGGAACAACAGUAUUCUGUGUGACUACAAGGUUAUCCGCAGCGGAGAUACUGUUGCAUCGUUUGAAACGAUGGGGAGGGCACUUGACAAGUGGAAUUUUGUGAAGCCCAAACCCAACCUAACGCGUCUAUCUGAAUGUUGGAACGGUCAGUGGAGGGACGAAGCCACUGAAACGCUGGUGCCAUGCAUGCUGCGUGAAUCUUGGCUAGAGGAUUACAACGCAUCAAGGUAUUCUAUGAGGAGGCUCUACGAUUUAACCCACGUUGCUGUCAGAAUCCGAAAAUAUGCAGAAAUGCUCUCGCUGGGCGAAGGGACGUCGGCCGAGGGCGUCCAUGAGGAGGAUAAGGCCGCAAACGAACGUGCCGUAGAGGAAAGGUCGAAACAUCAGGCAGCCGGUAGAGUUGUCAAUGAGGCGAGAAAUGUCUUCGAAGAUGUUGAAAAGAGGUGGCUAUUACUUAAAAGGGAUGCGGAAGCCAGGAGCCGGGAUGCCGAUGCCGUGAGGGAAGCUGAGAGCAAACUGCGGGAAGUGACGACGAAAAUCGAAGAAUUGAGCAAGGCACUGGAGGAGGCGAAGGCUAACAAGGAGAAGCUUGAGGCGGCCGCCCUUCUGAUGGCUGGGGAGAGCAGGAAAAAAAUACAGGCAGAGAAGGAUGCAAAGUCUAGGUUGAGGGAAGUCGAGAAAGAGGCAGAAAUAUCAAAGAAGGCACUGGAAGGAGCCGAAACAGAGAUGAUGAAGGCUGAUGAUGCGGCGAUUAUUGCACAGUGGGAGGCAGAGGACACCUUGCGAUCGUGUGCAGACUUGAAAAAGGAGGUGUACCAGAGCCUCGCGAGAGUCAGCAAAUACGACAAAGGUGAUGAAGUGUUUGAUGCCCAUCAACGUGACAACCAUAGAAUCACGCGAUUAUUAGUGCGUUUCAUUAUCUUACUCUUGCUGCUCGGGUCGUUUCUCUUCUUUGUCAUCCGUGGGCGGAGAGAAAUGCAGUUGUAUCACAACAUCCACAACGACGGCCUUUUUAGCGAGGAAAGAGCGGUUAAGGAUACGCCGGCCAUUGACGCCUUUGUGGAGUUGCCUCGCAUUACUCCCACCGUGAAGCAUGAAAAGGAGCAGUCAAUAUAG